GAGGCAGGAUGAGGAUUCACUGUUUGGAGAAUGUGGAUAAGGCUCUUCAGUUCCUCAAAGAACAGAGGGUUCAUCUAGAAAAUGUUGGUUCUCAUGAUAUAGUUGAUGGGAACCACCGCCUCACUCUCGGCCUCAUCUGGACCAUCAUCCUCCGCUUCCAGAUCCAGGUGAUUAAGAUUGAGACGGAGGACAACAGAGAGACACGCUCAGCUAAAGAUGCCCUUCUUCUGUGGUGUCAGAUGAAAACAGCAGGGUAUCCUGAGGUCAACAUUCACAACUUCACCACCUGCUGGAGGGACGGCCUGGCUUUCAACGCUCUUAUUCACAGGCACAGGCCUGAUUUAAUUGAAUUCCACAAGCUGACCAGAUCCAAUGCAACACACAACCUCCAGCAAGCCUUUAACAUCGCUGAACAGAGUCUCGGACUCACCAAGCUACUAGACCCUGAGGAUGUAAACACAGAAAAUCCGGAUGAGAAGUCCAUCAUCACUUAUGUAGUUUCCUACUAUCAUUAUUUCUCCAAAAUGAAGGCACUUAUUGUAGAAGGGAAGAGAGUUGGAAAGGUGCUGGACAAUGCUAUCGAAGCUGAGAAGAUCAUUCGCCGCUACGAGGCUUUAGCGUCCGACCUGUUAGAGUGGAUUGAGAGAACCAUUAGCAUCAUUAGCAACCAGAAGUUUGCAAACUCGCUAUCGGGUGUUCAGCAACAGCUUCAAGCCUUUACCACCUACUGCACCAUUGAGAAGCCUAUCAAAUUCCAGGAGAAAGGGAACCUGGAGGUGCUGCUUUUCACCAUCCAAAGUAAGCUCAGAGCUAAUAAUCAGAAGCCAUAUGUGCCUCAUGACGGGAAACUUAUCUCAGACAUCAAUAAGGCGUGGGAGAGACUAGAGAAGGCGGAACACGAGAGGGGCGUGGCUCUUAGAAAAGAGCUGAUACGUCAGGAAAAGCUAGAACUUCUAGCUCAACGAUUCGAUCAUAAGACCACCAUGAGGCAGGCUUGGCUGAAUGAAAACCAGCGUCUCGUCUCACAGGAUAACUUCGGCUAUGACCUGCCAGCAGUAGAAGCUGCCAUGAAGAAACACGAGGCGAUCGAAGCAGACAUCCUGUCGUACGAGGAGCGAAUCAGUGUCGUGGUGGAGCUGGCCAAUGAGAUGGAGUCAGAAGGGUACUAUGACAUCCGACGUAUCUUGGCACGCAAAGAAAACAUCCUUGGCCAGUGGAGCCUUCUGAAGGAGCUGGUGGUGGGGCGUAAAGCCCGUCUGGAGAAGAACCUGGCCCUGCAGAAGACCUUCCAAGAGAUGGUCUACAUGAUCGACUGGAUGGAGGAGAUGCAGGUUAAGUUGCUUUCUAAGGACUACGGCAAACAUCUUCUUGAAGUGGAGGACAUGCUCCAGAAACAGAGUUUACAGGAGGCUGACAUCUCUAUACAGGCAGACAGAGUUCAAACCCUCAACACUGCAGCUCUCAAAUUCACCACUAUUGAAGGUUACCAGCCGUGUGACCCUCAGGUAAUUUGUAACCGGGUCAACCACGUCAACACCUGCCUGGAAGAAUUAAAGCAGCUGGCUGCAAAACGGCGCUUGGAGCUGGAGGAUUCGCGUGAGCUGUGGGCCUUCUUUCAGGAGGUAGAGGAAUCAGAGAAUUGGAUCCGAGAGAAGACGUCCAUCUUGGCCACGCAGAGCUGCGGGAAAGACCUGAGCAGCAUCCUGCGACUGCUGCAGAAGCACAAAACCGUGGCUGGAGAGCUGUUGGCGCGACGUGCGUUACUUCAGCAGACCAUGAUGAAAGGCAAGCAGAUCCUCACCCAGAAGAGCUUCGGUACGGCUGGAAUACAAGAGCGACUGAUGGAGGUCAAGGCCGAGUGGAAGAGACUGGAGGACCAGGCCGCACAGAGGCUGUGUAACCUACAGGAGGCGCUGGACUUUUUUCAGUUCAGCACCGAGACCGACGAUCUUCUAGCUUGGCUACAGGACGCUUACAGGCUCGUUUCUAGCGAGGACUUCGGACAUGAUGAGUAUUCAACGCAGUCUCUUCUUAAAAAGCACAGAGGUGUCCGAGAGAGUAUCGAUAAACACCGUGUACAAGUGGUGGGCCUUCGGAAACACAUGGUUGCGUUGCCAAUGCAUUAUCGGGAGCUGGAUGAGGUGCGAGCGCGCAUGGCUGAGACGGAGCAGCUCUACGCAGAGGUGGCGGAAGUUGCCGUGUUGCGGCAGCAGUGGCUUCAUGACGCGCUGGCUGUGUAUCGCAUGUUUAGUGAGGUGAACGCCUGUGAGGUGUGGAUCGAUGAGAAGGAGCAGUGGCUGAACAGGAUGGAGGUUCCCGAAAGACUAGAGGACGUGGAGGUGAUCGCACACAGGUUUGAAAGUUUGGACCAGGAGAUGAACAGCCUGAUGGGAAGGAUACUAGAUGUUAAUCAGAUCGUCCAGCAGCUCUUAGACAGCGGUCACCCCAGUUCCACCGAAGUCAGGGGCUGUCAAGAUCACUUGAACAGCAGGUGGAACCGCAUCGUGGAGCUGGUCGAGCAGAAGAAAGAUCACCUGGACUCGAUCCUGCGCAUCCAGAACUACUUACUGGAAUGCACGGAGAUCAAGUCCCAGAUUCAGGACAAGCGGAAAGCCAUAGACGCCACGCAGUAUGUGGGCAGUGACCUGGGCAGCGUGCUGGCUCUGCAGCGCCGUCUCUCCACCAUGGAGGGAGCUCUGACGGUUCUCGAGCCCAAGCUCCUUCACCUGCAGGAGGAAGCGGAGGAGCUCGCCACAUCCCAUCCGGACAAGACCGUAGACAUCCUGGUUCCCUUUGAAGGCAUCAGCGUGGAGUGGGAAGAGCUAAAGUGUACAUUGCAAGGCUGUGAAGACUCUUUAACCGUCGCUGGCCGCUUACAACAGUUCAUCCAAGACUUGGAUUCCUUCCUCACUUGGUUGGUGCAAACCCAGACGGCUGCUGCUUCGGAUGAGCUUCCCAAUGCUUUAGAGGAUGCAGAACGACUAAUAAACCAACACGCCGCGCUCAAGGAGGAGAUCGGAAGGUACGAAGAGGACUACGAGCGUCUCCAGGCUGUGAAUGAGCUUGUGGAGACGGAGGAAGCGCCGUUGCCUCAUGGAGCUCUGCAGCAGUGGCUGCACAAGCUGGACGAGGGCUGGAACAAACUGCUGGAGAUGUGGGAGAGCAGGAGGGAGGUGCUGGUGCAAGCUCACAUCUUCCAUCUCUUCCUGAGGGACGUCAAGCAGGCCGAGGCUUUCCUCAAUAACCAGGAGUCAGCGCUGGCCCAUGUGGAGCUCCCCACCACAGUGGAGACCGUGGAGGCAGCCAUCAAAAAGCACAAGGACUUUACCACCACCAUGGAGCUCAACCUGCACCGCAUUAAAGCUGUCAUAGAGGCAGGAGAGAGCCUCAUCAGUCAGAACAACAUCUAUUCUGAGCGCAUCAGAGAGAGAGUGGAUCUGCUCGCUAACAGAGGGAACCAGAACCGUGAACACGCUCAGCAGUGGCUUCAUAAACUCAAUGACCAAUGGGAGCUCCAGAGGUUUCUACAAGACUGCCAUGAGAUUGGAGAUUGGGUGGCAGAAAAGAUGCUAAUGGCUCGCGACACCUCCCGCGACGAGACUCAGAAGCCUCAUAAGAAGUGGCUAAAACACCAGACCUUCAUGGCAGAACUUGCUCAGAACAAGGAGUGGCUGGACAAGAUGGAGAAAGAGGGCCAGAGGUUAAUGCAGGAGAAGCCGGAGCUGAGCGCGCUGGUGAAGAAGAAGCUGGAGGAGAUCCGUGAGUGCUGGCAGGAUCUGGAGAGCACCACACAAGCCAAAGCCCGGCAGCUGUUCGAGGCCAACCGGGCCGACCUGCUGGUACAGAGCUACUCCAGCCUGGACCAGCGACUCGAGCAGCUUGAGGGACACCUGGCACACGUGGACUACGGCCAGGACCUGACCACAGUCAACAAGCAGCUGAAGAAACUACAGACGAUGGAGUGUCAGAUGGAGGAGUGGUAUAAAGAGGUUGGAGAGCUGCAGGCCCAGGCGGCCUCCAUCCCUCAGCAGGGGCAGGUGAUGGAAAAGGUGUCCGAGAGACAAGCCGGGGUGGAAACGCGAAUUGUACGACUGAUUGAGCCACUGAAAGAGAGACGUCGUAUCCUGCUGGCCUCUAAAGAAGUGCACCAAGUGGGCCGUGACCUUGAGGAUGAAAUUUUGUGGAUACAAGAGCGUCUUCCAGUGGCCACUUCUCAGGAACAUGGCACAAGUUUACAAGCUGUACAGCAACUCAUGAAGAAGAAUCAAAGUCUGCAGAGAGAGCUUCAAGGUCAUCGUGGACGUGUGGAGGAUGUUCUGGAGAGAGCAGGUGUGAUCGCGUCCAUCCGCAGUCCGGAGGCAGACAGCAUCAGGGCCGGCAUGGAGCAGCUCCAUCAGCUGUGGGAGGCGCUGUGGACCGAGACCGAGCACCGGCAGCUCCGGCUGGAUGUCAUGUACCAGGCGCAGCAGUACUACUUUGAUGCGGGAGAGGUGGAGGCCUGGCUCAGCGAGCAGGAACUGCACAUGAUGAAUGAAGAGACGGGAAAGGAUGAAGCCAGUACUCUGCAGCUGCUGAAGAAACAGCUGGCGCUAGAGCAGACCAUAGAGGACUAUGCUGAGACCAUCGGAAUGCUGUCUCAGCAGUGCAGACAGCUGCUGGAGCUCGGACAUCCAGACUGUGAGCAGAUCAGUAAGCAUCAGUCUCAGAUCGACAGGCUGUACGUGUCUCUGAAGGACCUGGUGGAAGAGAGGAAGUCUCGUCUGGAGCAGCAGUACUGGCUCUAUCAGCUCAACAGGGAGGUGGAUGAACUUGAGCAGUGGAUAGCAGAGAGGGAGGUCAUCGCCAGCUCCACUGAACUCGGACAGGACUUCGAGCAUGUCACGAUUCUGCAGGAGAAAUUCACAGAGUUUGCAUCGGAGACUGGGAGCCUGGGGCAGGAGAGGGUCACAGCUGUCAACCAGAUGGUUGAUGAGCUGAUAGAUUACGGGCAUGGGGAUGCAGCCACCAUCGCUGAAUGGAAGGAUGGGGUGAACGAGGCCUGGGCGGAUCUGCUGGAGCUGAUGGAGACGCGAGGACAGAUGCUUGCUGCUUCACACCAGUUACACAAGUUCUUCUCUGACUGCCAAGAGGUUUUAGCACAGAUCGAGGAUAAGCAGCGGAGGUUACCUGAGGUUCGCGCAUGUCAAGGAGGCACUUCAAAUACCAGCACUCUGCAGAGACUUAUGCAGACUUUUGAACAUGAUAUUCAGCUACUUGUUACACAGGUAAGACAGUUGCAGGAAAGUGCAGCCCAGCUCCGAACAGUUUAUGCCGGGGAGAAAGCAGAAGCCAUCGCCAUGCAAGAACAUGAAGUGAUGCAGACAUGGAAAGAGCUGCUCAUUUCCUGUGAGGACUGCCGAAUGCAAAUCACCACAGUGACAGACAAGUUACGCUUCUUUGGGAUGGUGCGUGAUCAGCUGAUGUGGAUGGACAGCAUCAUCUGUCAGAUAGGAACUGGGGAGAAACCAAGCUCUUUCCUCAGAGCUUUAAUGGGAUAUGGGGUCUCUGGUGCUUGCAGGGACGUGUCAUCUGUGGAGGUCCUUAUGAACUAUCACCAGAACCUCAAGAGUGAAGUGGAGGCCAGAAACAAGAGCGUCCUACAGUGUAUCGAGAUGGGCAAGACUUUACUGGCCGCCCGUAACCCUGCAUCAGAAGAGAUCAAAGAAAAGCUGGAGAAGGUUUUGGCCAAGCAGCAAGAGCUCACUGAGAAAUGGGACAAACACUGGGAAGAGUUGCAGCACAUGUUGGAGGUGCAUCAGUUUGCUCAGGAAGCAGUGGUAGCGGAGGCCUGGCUCACUGCUCAGGAGCCCUUCAUAAGUAGUAAUGAACUGGGCGGCAGCGUGGAUGAGGUUGAACAGCUGAUUCGCAGACAUGAAGCCUUUCGCAAAGCUGCGGCCACAUGGGAAGAACGCUUCAGCUCUUUACGUCGUCUUACCACAGUAGAGAAGAUAAAAGCAGAGCAGAGUAAGCUUCCUCCAACUCCCUUGCUGGGACGGAAGGUUUUCUUGGACCCUCAGGACUCUUCUCCUGCUCGCAGUAGCCCUUCCUCCAUCAUAAGACAGACCAUAUACGAGCAGGGCGAGUCCCGGCUGGAGCGCAUCACCCCUCAGCCCUCUCCCUCUUCCGUGGCCCGCAGACUGGGUUCUACUGUGGCCAACUACACUCCCAUCAUGAAUGGAGCUGCUACUUAUCGCCUUCAGGAAGCCAGAAAUGCUGGGAUUGUUGGAGUGGCUGCAGGACUGGGCACUGCUAUGGAGCACAAGGUCACCCAAUUGCGAACGGAAUUUAAGGCCCAAGUCCCACAGCAGAAGAUCGAACAUAUCCAUGAGGCAGUCCACCCCAUGCUGGAGAGAGAGAGGGAAUGGGAGCGGUAUCAUGAGAACGUGAUGGCAGAGGUGGUGCUCCAGGAGCCAGGCGGAGGAAGGGAACGCCUAAACAGCAUGGUGGGAGGGAGCGGGAGCAGCCGCUCAGAGCUUCUGGUGGAGCAGCAUCCCCCACCGAGGGAGUCGCGGAUGGAGAGACAACUAUCUACUGAGCAGCUGAUUCGGGCACGCAGGGACGAGCUGCCUCAGGAGGUGUGGAGAGAACGAGCUGGGAGGGCAGAGAGGAGGCUGGAGAGACAGACAUCUAGUGAACAGGAAGGUCAUGAGGUGCGGCGUAGGGACAGACACCGACCAGAGAGACAGGACAGCAGCGAGCAGGAGGCCAGGGAGCAGUCAGACAGACGCUCUGGUGGCGGGGACAAAAGGUCGACGCUAGCUGAGAUUGUGGAGCAGCUUCAGGAAAGAGAAGCAGCACAGGCCCGAGGAGAGAUUCCAUGUCUACCCAAUGGUUUUCCUGAGAAGUCUUCUAAACCGGACCGACCACGUGCUCGCGACAGACCCAAACCGAGAAGAAGACCACGACCCAAGGACCCAACAGCUGGCAAAACACGGCGCUCAAGGUCUGCACCAGCCCAGAGCAACCCACCAGUUCCCCAGCCGGCUACCCACAUGGCCCAGCGUGAAGGGUUCCUCUUCCGCAAAAUAGACAUUGAAGGCCAAAAGAAGAGUUCAAACAGAUCUUGGGUGAACUUGUACUGUGUGCUGAAUAAAGGUGAGCUGGGCUUCUAUAAGGAUGCGAAGAACACCUCCACACCUUACAACAACGAGCCGCUUAUCAACCUAAACCGUUGUGCCUGUGAUAUCAACAAUGGUUACAAAAAGAAGAAGAAUGUCUUCACUCUCAAAACUAAGGAUGGAAGUGAGUUUCUGUUCCAUGCUAAAGAUGAGGACGAUCUGAAAAGCUGGACCACAAGUAUAAACACCAGUAUAAGUGAGCAUGAAGAGGUUGCCAAACCGGGGCAGACCAAUCCAACUACCUCAUCUACUGACGAGGGAACGCGCAGGGAUGGCAGCAGGGCAGGUGGUUCGGAAAGAGGUGAAAAGUCAGACCGAGCCGACGGGGGAUCUGUGCGC